AUGCGUGGCGUUUACACAAUUAUAAAUGAGAAAUGCGCUAUAUUAGAGGAAGCAGUGGUUCGUUACAAAACUGUGGUAACGGAGCUUCACGCCAUCGCGCGGCGCAGCCGGCGCUACAGAGCGCGGAUAGCAGGCCGCUACACGCGCCGUCGUACCGACAGACACAAGGGAUUCAUACAGGAACUCAAAUUGAACCUGACCAAGCCAUGUGAAGAGUAUCCGUACUAUAAAAUGGACGAAAGAUAUAAUCUGACAAUCAACACAACUUCGGAACUGCGCAGUGACUCUAUAUGGGGCAUGCUCAGAGGGCUGGAGACUGUUUCACAACUGUUUUAUAUCUCCUAUGAUUACAGUGAAGUUCGCAUUGGAGCGACACAGAUACGCGACGCCCCAUAUUACUACCACCGGGGUCUGCUGUUGGACACGUCGCGUCAUUUCAUCUCCGUCCCCAACAUCCUGAUGACGCUGGACGCUAUGGCCAUGAACAAGAUGAACGUCUUCCACUGGCACAUUGUGGACGACCAGAGCUUUCCUUAUCAGAGUGAUGCGUUACCUGAUUUGAGCGACUUCGGUGCGUAUUUUCCAACGAUGGUGUACACGAGAUCCAAUAUUAAAACAAUAAUAGAUUACGCAACCAAGCGUGGCAUCAGGGUGAUACCGGAGUUCGAUGUGCCUGGCCAUACUAGUUCGUGGGGCAACGCUUACCCGGAUUUGCUGACACAAUGCUAUGAUGAUGACCUGAAGGUCGUGGGCCUCGGGCCGAUGCAUCCGCUAAGAAAAAUUACGUACGACUUACUAGAACAGUUGUUUCUUGAGCUACGCCGGACUUUCCCUGAGAAAUAUUUCCACAUCGGAGGCGACGAGGUCGAUUGGGCUUGCUGGUUGUCGAACCCGGAGAUCCGGGAGUUUAUUGUCAAGAACAAACUGACCAGCGCUGACGAGGUGUACUCCAUCUUCAUGCAGAAGGUCAUUGAACUUCUCGGGAACAAUACUGUACCUAUAGUUUGGCAGGAGGUGUACGAUCACGGUGUGCCUCUACCUAAUAACACCCUGGUUCAGAUCUGGAAAUAUGAACAUGUUGACGCCAUGACUCGGGCGUUGAUGGACAAUAUGCAAAUCCUGGUCUCCGCGGACUGGUACCUGGAUUACCUGAUGAACAACUUCCGCGCGCUGUACGAGUCGGACCCUCGGACGCAGGUGGCUCCACGCCUGCUGGACCAGAGCUUGCUGCAGAACAUCGUUGGCGGAGAGGCCUGCAUGUGGAGCGAAAAGGUGGACGACAGGAACGUGAUCUCCAGAGUGUGGCCUCGAGCAAGCGCCGUGGCGGAAGUGUUGUGGAGCAAGACAAAUGGCAGCAUCUCAUACUCGGUACUCCACCGCGCGGAGGAGCACGCGUGCCGCAUGAUCCGGCGCGGGGUACACGCGGAGCCGCCCGCCGGGCCCGGCUUCUGUAUCACAUAG